CCUUAUCUCGUCUUUCUCUCUCAUUCUCAUCUGAGAAACAUUUUCUUCUCAUUCUCUCUUAGAUUUUGAAGAUAAUCAACGACACCUACUUGAGAGAAAUUUAUUAGGGUUGCUUAUUUACUAGUCAGGUUCUGAUUUCAGAGAAUUUAUGAAGGCUCAACAACUCAGAGCACAGUAUAAGAUCUCAAAUCUCCUGCUCUUACAUUAGAAUGUCAGGACGUCGUAUAAAUCCUCCUUGUAAAGAAUGGUUCACUGCACGUAAGGGUUCACCGAGGUUUACUGAAGGUGUUAAAUCUUUCAUUCAAUUUACAGCUGACAGUCUUGGGGAAAAUAUAAAUCAAUUUCAUUGUCAUUGCAUGAAAUCUCAGAAUUAUAAUAGUCGUCCAAAAACUCUUGAUGAAAUACAUGGGGAUAUUUUUGAUCAUGGGUUCGAUGUAACAUACCGAAUAUGGAUCCAUCAUGGUGAGAAACCUCGUGAGAAUAAUUCUACUGUUAGAGCUUUCGCGUUACCCACUAAUAAUGUUGUGAGUGAAGCUUCUUUUCCGAGAAUGGUUGACUUGUUCUUAGACACACUAGAUCGCACUGAGCUUGGUAACCAUGAAAAUGGUGCUAUUGAUGAAGAUGGUUCAAAUGCUAAUGUUGAAGAUGGUUCUGGUGCUAAUGUAGAAGGUGGUGCUGGUGCUAGUGUUGAAGAUGGUUUCGAUGCCGAUUUCAGAAAGAGGAUGUUGGAUGCAUUACAACCCCUGUAUCCAGAUUGUGGUGGUUAACAUACAAAACUGUCGACAGUGAUUGAGUUGCUUAGUUUGAAAACAAGGUAUCAGUGUUCCAAUAUUUUUUUUUACAGAAUUAUUAAAAUUUAUGAAAACUAUUUUAUCGGAAGGGAACACGUUACCAUCUACAUGUGUUAAAGCUAAGGGUAUGCUCAAGCCAUUUCACUUGCCGGUCGAGAUUAUCCAUGCUUGCUCUAAUGAUUGCAUACUUUAUCGAAAGAAGUAUGCUGAUUAUGAAGAGUGUCCUAAAUGUCAUGCAAGUAUAUGGCAAGUACCUCCUGAAGGGAGUGAUCCAAAUGCUAGAAAAGUACCAGUGAAGAAACUAAGGUUUUUCCCAAUUACUGAAAGGUUACAGCGUUGGUAUGGUACUCCGUGGAUUGCUGAGCAGAUGUACUAUCACUCUAAUGUUGAAGAAAGUAUUACACACAUGCGACAUCCUGUGGAUUCUUCUUCUUGGAAGUCAAUUGAUAGGAAGUGUCCUGAGUUUGCUGCUGAGAAACGUAAUGUGCGUCUAGGACUAGCCACUGAUGGUUUUAAUCCUUUUGGAAUGAUGACUACACACAGUACUUGACCCAUCAUGGUUUUUCCUUUUAACCUUCCCCCAUCAGUAUGCACGUCAAAAGAUUUUACACGGUUAGCACUACUUAUUCCUGGUCCAAGUGGUCCCAAUGGCAACAUUGAUGUUUAUUUGCAGCCCUUAAUUGAUGAGUUAAUUGAGUUAUGGUUAAAAGGAAAGCUAACGUAUGAUGCGCACACAAAGACUUCCUUUACAAUGAAAGCAAUUUUAAUGUGGUGUAUACAUGACUAUCCGGCUUAUGCGUAUAUGUCUGGUCUGCGAACAUCUGGAAAAUUUGGUUGUCCGGCAUGUGGUGAAGAUACUGAGGCUCUGAGGCUGAAAUGGGGUAAUAAGUUUGCAUACAUGGGUCAUAGAAGAUUUUUAAGAGAUCGGUCUCACCCUUACAGACGUGAAACCGACAAGUUCAAUGGAUUUAAGGAAGAUAUGGGUGCACCAAUUCGUUUUAGUGGCAUUGAAUUGUUUGAUAGGACAGCAACACAAAACAAGGAAUUCAGGAAGAUGGUAAAGCGGUCACUAGUUGAUUCUCCGUAUUCGAAGAGAUCAACUCUAUACAAUCUGCCAUAUUGGAAGUUUCUGCAACUUCGUCAUAAUGUGGAUGUGAUGCAUGUAGAAAAGAACUUUGCAGAGAACAUGUUUGGGACUUUCAUGAACCACAAGGAUAAGUCUAAGGAUGGGGAUCCAGCGCGCAAGGAUUUGGAAAUGCUGAACUUAAAACCUGACUCGUGGUUGACAGAAACAAAUGGUAAAGUAGAACGCCCCCCAUCUCCUUAUUGCUUGCCUAAGAAUGAAAGAGAACUAGUCUGUAAAACUUUUAGCAAACUGAAAUUUCCUAUUGGUUAUAGUGGAAAUUGGAAAAACAAAGUGGAUAUGAAAGAGUUACAAUUUAAGUGUUUGAAGUCCCACGACUACCACAUGCUUAUGCAGGGUUUGAUGCCAAUUUUUCUAAUGUAUUAUUUCAAAGAUCAUAAGCUUUUGCGUGAGGCAAUACGUCAAUUGUCAUUGUUUUUCAAAGUUCUUUGUUCUAAGGUUAUUGAUCGUGAAGCGCUUCGUCUAAUGCACGAACGUGUUGUGGAGUCUUUAUGUGUGUUUGAGAUGUACUUCCCACCGGCUUUUUUUGUUACGAUGACUCAUCUUGUCGUACAUUUGGCCGAAGAGGCACUAACAUUGGGACCAGUUCAAUUUAGGUGGAUGUACCUUUUGAGAGGAUGAUGAGAACAUACAAGGUUUAUGGUCGGAACAAAAACUAUAUUGAAGGGUCUAUAACUGCACAAUAUGAGGUCGAUGAAGGAGCGCGCCAUUGGAUGGAGUUCAUUCCUGAGGGUAAGCAAAAGUUUUAUAAGUGUCAUGGAAAGAUAGCAUUGCACGGUGAGGUUUACAAAGGUCCAGAACCGCCUAAUUCACAAGGAAAACCAUACCAAUUAACUUCCUUACAACAUCAACAAGUUCGUCUUUGGGUAUUGAGACAUUCAGAAGAAAAUAUUGAAUGGGAAGAGAAAUACAAGCCAUACAGUAGUACUUUUAACCGAAGAUCAAGGAGCAAGCGUCAGGAUUACAUUCCCUGGUUAAGAGAUCAACUUCUAGGCACUCUCAUGACAUAUUUUCAUAGGCUCGUACUUGGCCCUCCCUUCAAGACAGUUUUCUAUAGAGCGUAUUCGGUGAAUGGUUAUCUGUUUUAUACAUCAGAGGCAGAGCAAUAUAUGACUACACAAAACAGUGGAGUGACCAUGGAUGCCUUCACCAGCUUUAGAGCAAGCGCCAAAGAUACCAACUUGGUGGGCGAUGAUACUUCUUACUUUGGCAUUGUGAAAAAGAUACUUGAACUCGAUUAUGAAGAUUUCACAGAAGUUGUUUUUCUCUGUGAUUGGGUCCUGGUCGAAGACAAAACAACUGGAUCAUAUGUGGAUGCAGAUACAAACUCGAGGUUCGUCAACUUCGAAAAGUUUAAGAGAAACUCUAAAGAAGUUGACGAACCGUUCAUCCAUGCUUCUCAAGCUGCCUAAGUCUUUUAUUGCGCUGAUGAGACUAGAAAGCAUUGGCAUCUUGUAUUAGAAUCUCCCAAGAGAUCCGGCCUAAAGGUGAAUGCUUAUGAAGAUCCAUAUGUGUUUGCUGCAUCCAUGAAUCAACCUUCUUUCUUCAACAUCUUUAGAUGACGACGAGUAUUGGAUGGAGAUUAGAGUGAAGGUGGUGCAGCUGUCUGGGUUCCUGCACCAGGGAGAGAGAUUUCUGGAAUACAUGCUGGUUCUUUCUACAACCUGCCUCAGGGACAACACAUAGCAUUUUCUCCAUCUCAAACUGGGCAUCCAGCCUUUGCUGGGAUAUAUCACCCAACACAGAUAAUGGGAGGAGCACCUGUUCACCCUCUGCUUCAGCAGUCUCAAACCAUGGCUGGAGCUGUUGAAAUGGUAGGACCUCCUGCAGGUGUUUAUCAACAGCAGCCUCAAUGCACACAGGUGAAUUGUACCAAUACUUACUGAAAUAGAAAGAAGUUUCGUUAUAUUUUUUGAGUUCAGAAUGCUCAAGUAUAAUUAUAACUUAGAAUGGUGUGAAUUCAGUACCCAUGUAAAACUUUUCGUGGUUUUUGACCUAACUAUCAGCUCGAUUAAUAUAAAUCGAGUUACUGUUGUAAACACAUUUUGAAUUUGGAUUGAAUGGUGAAUGUUUUAUUAUCAAAUGAGCAUCUAUUAAAGUUCAUUUU